CUAGAAGUCCGUUCAGAAGCUAAACUCAGUUAAACAACAUUAGCUGUUAAGAAAAUAACCAAAGCGAGAAGAUAUUGAAUGAAAGAGCAGUGUCUUGUUGCCAGACAUGGCCAGCUCUCCUGGAGUUAGCGAAGGCACAUCAGCAGUGAAGAGCAUGUCGCAGUUUCCCGUCCUGCCCCCGAUUGAUGGCGUUCAGGACAGGGGGGAGGUUAGACAGACCACUGCUGCAAAGAAGGAGAUAGCUGCGAAGAUUACGGUUCGCAAGACAUUUCUGAGGCACAGAAGGAGCAAAGUGCAACAAGAGCAACUCCAUGCCAUAUUGGUGUCCAGAGCAAUGGAGGCUUACAGUCAGACCAAAGAGAGGGAAGCAAUGCACUCACCAGAACCAGAGUGUCCUCCUUCUAUGAUAAGUGAGGAGCGCAAGCGAAGAAUGAACUACAUGUUCCUAAGGCAGUGUGUAGAGAACCGCCCAGUCGCUCCAAUCCAGUCACAGUGGUUGGAAUCAAUUGUUGCCCGAGUGUCACCUAAUUUUAAAGAGGGCCCUGAAACCAAUAAACUACUUCAGGAGCUCUGCAAAGAAGUCAGCGAGGAUUUCCACAAUGUGAUUGUCAAGCACACAGUGGACACAGUACUAAAGAAUCCCCAGAUGAAAGAAGCAGACAAACCGGCAGCUAGUCAACCAAAAAUUCUGAAUCUCUCUCCAUCAUGGCAUAAUAGCUUUGUCCGAAGCCGCAAAAUGAUGAAAUCAAAUUUGCACAUUCUUCAUCCGGUAAUGCAAACUGUCUUGAAUAUUGGAUACCUGACAUUUUCUCCAGUGGUCCUGGUGGACCUUACAGGAUGCAGGGCUUCGGGACCUGUAGACUGUAAGAGCCUACAGAACAAAAUGGCAGUGGAGUGUAAGAGGACAGAAGAUCGUGUCAUGAAUACCUGGUUUCCAAAAGUCAUCCACUUAUUAACAAGCUAUGAAACACUGAAGGGAGUUAAAGAGGAGAAACUGGACUCAUUCUAUGACUGUGCAUCAACCCUCAUCUCCAAUCAGUUGAAAUCCCUGCUUCAGUCGAGUAUAGAGGAGUUGGUCAAUCACUUUGAUCCGAGCAAUGGCCAACGCUUGCCCCUCUUUCGCAUGGCUUUGACAUUUGAUGAUGAAAAGAUGGAAAUUUACCCCACAUUAAAAGAUCUGGAAGCUGCCAUUUUGGAGAUUCUUAAUGCCAUCACAAACACGCUGCAGAAAGUGCAGAUGGUCCAGUCAUGGCUGGCGCAAACCUCACCUUCCUUUGUUGAUGCCAAGGUGGCUGAUCACGUCCUAGCUUGGGCUCAGGUCACUAUAAAGACAGCUGUGUGCAAGAAUCUAGAAGAACCUGAAGGACACUUCCAGAACUAUGUUGAGAACUAUGACUGGUUGAUCAAUGGAGAUGCACAGGCAAGAGUAGAACAGUUCAUGCAAGAGGAACACUCUUUUGAUGAGUACACUAAGCAAGUGGAGGAGUUUCGUGUUCUAUCAAAAGAGAUUCUCAACCUCCCAGCAAAAGCCCACUUUCCCAUGGUCCAUCUGGACUGUGAAGAGCUGAAACAGGGGCUUGCCAACAAAACAAAAAAGUAUGCUGAAAUACUUCUGAAGAAACUGAUCACCAGCCACCGUGAGCAAAACCAACAGAUCUGCACUGAAUUUGAAACCAUCAGAGAAAAUGUUCUGAAAGUACCAGAGAACACGGAGGACAUGAGUCAGAUCAUUGAUCACAUUCAAUUCACUAAGGCAAAGGGUAUUGCUGAACUCAAUACAAAACUAAAGGAAGCCUACUUAAGACUGAUGUACAUCCUGGAUGUCCACAUCAUUGAGCCAGAGGAUCUUGAGCUCAAUGCAACUGUCUUUCUCUGGCCACGGAAAAUCCUCCAUGUCUUUGACCUCAGUGAUGAAGUGAUGUCGAAGGCCAGGCAGAAAGGGGAGCAGGAGCUGGUCGCUAAAAUAGAAAAAUUAAUGAUUCAGCUGGAAAAGUUGGGACGGAGGAUCGAAGAGCUCCCACAUUACUCUGAGCUGGAUAUGAUGCAGCAGUAUAUAACGGAUGUCAGAACAGUUCAGAAACUUCUCCAGGAGGCUGAGGAGGCCAUCGUCUUCGUUAACAAAGAAGAGGCCUUCUACAAACGGGACCAAACCUUUUACCCAGAGGUUGAUGUCAUCAGAGACACCAUUGACCCGUAUCAGAAGCUGUUCGCACUUGUGCAGAAGUGGCAGCGCACCCAGAACAGGUGGAUGAACGGCUCCUUCCAGGAACUAGAUGGCGAGAGCAUGGAAAUAAAAGUGGACGAGUUCUUUAGGGAGAUCUUCAAAAUGCUGAAGUUAUUCCAACAGAAGCAGAAUAAGGCUGAGCAAGAGAUGGAGAAGAUGGCGGGAAAGUCUAGGCCACGAACUGCCGAGGCUGAUCAAAAGAAGCAGGGAAGCCCCACAGUCCUUUUGUGCUCCACUGUAAUGGAGCAGAUCAAAGAGUUCAAGGACCAUAUCCCCGUAGUUUCCAUCUUGUGUAAUCCAGGCAUCAGAGCUCGCCACUGGGAACAAAUGUCAGAGGUAGUGGGGUAUGACCUCACUCCUGACUCUGGAACUACACUGAGCAAAGUUCUCAAACAAAACCUGGGUUCUUACCUGGAAGAGUUUGAUUCUAUCAGCGCUGCCGCUAGUAAAGAGUUUUCCCUGGAGAAGGCUAUGCAAAGCAUGGUGCAUAUUUGGGAUCAUAUUUCUUUCAACCAUCAACCUUAUAGAGAGACCGGAGUGUCCAUCUUGACCUCCUUGGAUGAGAUUCAGACAAUGCUAGACGACCAGAUUGUGAAGACUCAGACUAUGAGGGGCUCACCGUUCAUCAAACCUUUUGAAAAGGAGAUCAAGCUUUGGGAGGAGCGUCUGCUUCGUAUCCAGGAGACCAUCGAUGAAUGGCUGAAGGUGCAGUCCCAGUGGCUCUAUCUGGAGCCCAUCUUCUCUUCUCAGGACAUCAUGCAGCAGAUUCCAGAAGAGGGCCGACUUUUUCAAACUGUUGAUAAAAACUGGAAAGAGGUCAUGAGGCACUGCAUUAAGAACUCUCAGAUUCUGGCUGCAACCGCUCUGCCUGGUCUGCUAGAGAAACUGCAAGAUUCUAACAACCUCCUGGAGAUCAUCAUGAAAGGGCUGAACGCCUAUUUGGAGAAAAAACGUCUCUAUUUUCCACGGUUCUUCUUCUUGUCCAAUGAUGAAAUGCUGGAGAUUCUGUCUGAGACCAAAGACCCCCUGCGAGUACAGCCCCAUCUGAAGAAGUGCUUCGAGGGUAUUUCCAAACUGGACUUCCUACCCAAUCUGGAUAUCCAGGCGAUGUAUAGUAGUGAGGGGGAGCGUGUUCCGCUGAUCCAGAACAUCUCCACGUCUGACGCCAAAGGAGCUGUGGAGAAGUGGCUGCUGCAGGUGGAGGACUUGAUGCUUCGCAGUGUCCGAGGUGUAGUGGCACAGUCCAGGCUGGACUACGCUGAGACUGCUCGGAGCCAGUGGGUCAAAGAGUGGCCGGGCCAGGUGGUGCUCUGCACAUCCCAGAUCUACUGGACCUUGGAGGUUCAUGAAGCCAUCAGAUCCGGAGCAGAUGGCUUAAAGAACUACUCCCAGCAAAUCCAGAAUCAGCUGACGGACAUUGUGGAGCUGGUGAGAGGGCAACUGCCCAAACAAACCCGGACCACUCUGGGAGCGUUGGUCACUAUUGAUGUCCAUGCCAGGGAUGUGGUCUUGGAGCUAAUUGAGAAAGGAGUAUCAAAUGAAACAGACUUCCAAUGGCUAGCCCAGCUUCGUUACUACUGGAACAAUGACAAUGUUCGUGUUCGCAUUAUCAACUGUGAUGUAAAAUACGCCUAUGAAUACCUGGGGAACUCGCCACGUCUCGUCAUCACUCCACUGACUGACAGAUGCUACAGGACACUGAUUGGUGCUUUCUACCUGCAUUUGGGGGGUGCACCUGAGGGUCCUGCUGGAACAGGAAAGACGGAAACCACCAAAGAUCUAGCCAAAGCUUUAGCUGUGCAGUGUGUGGUCUUCAACUGUUCUGAUGGACUUGAUUACCUCGCUAUGGGCAAAUUUUUUAAAGGUCUGGCUUCAUCUGGUGCGUGGGCAUGCUUUGAUGAGUUCAAUCGUAUCGAGCUGGAGGUGCUGUCUGUGGUGGCUCAGCAGGUUCUCUGCAUCCAGAGGGCCAUCGAGCUGGACCUGGAGUACUUUGACUUUGAAGGGACAAUGCUCAAACUCAACUCCAACUGCUUUGUGUCCAUUACAAUGAACCCCGGCUACGCAGGGCGCUCAGAACUCCCAGAUAACCUCAAGGUGUUGUUCCGAACAGUGGCCAUGAUGGUCCCCAACUAUGCCCUGAUAGCAGAGAUCUCUCUGUAUUCAUAUGGCUUCCUCAAUGCCAAGCCGCUGUCAGUAAAGAUAGUGAUGACCUACAGGCUCUGCUCAGAGCAGCUCUCCUCCCAGUUCCAUUACGAUUACGGCAUGAGGGCUGUCAAAGCUGUGCUCGUAGCUGCAGGAAACCUCAAGCUCAAGUUUCCGGACGAGAACGAGGACAUUCUGCUGCUGAGGUCCAUUAAGGAUGUCAACGAGCCCAAGUUUCUCUCCCAUGAUAUUCCGCUGUUCAACGGAAUCACCAGCGAUUUGUUCCCAGGCAUCUCACUUCCCGAGGCCGACUAUCAGCUGUUUCUGGAGGCUGCUUUAGAAUGCUGUAAAAAUCACAAUGUGCAGCCAACAGAGGUUUUCAUACAGAAGAUUAUCCAAACAUAUGAGAUGAUGAUAGUCAGGCAUGGGUUCAUGCUGGUGGGGGAACCUUUUGCUGGGAAGACCAAAGUGCUGCACGUUCUUGCUGACACGCUGACCCUCAUGAAUGAGAGAGGGUUUGGUGAGGAAGAGAGGAUCAUAUACAGGACAUUGAACCCAAAGUCCAUCACCAUGGGACAGCUCUUUGGACAGUUUGACUUAGUUUCUCAUGAGUGGACUGAUGGGAUUGUGGCCAACACAUUUCGUGAGUUUGCAUCCGCUGACACACCAGAACGUAAAUGGGUGGUGUUUGAUGGUCCCAUAGACACACUGUGGAUUGAGAGCAUGAACACUGUGCUGGAUGACAACAAAAAGUUGUGCCUGAUGAGUGGAGAGAUCAUGCAGAUGUCCAAUCAGAUGAGUCUGAUUUUUGAAGCAAUGGAUCUCUCCCAGGCCUCAGACUACCGUGCUGCCAGGUAUGACCUGAAGGAUACCUCCAGGAUCUCUCUCGUUGACCUCCAGCUCAUCUCAGCUAUGGGCCCCCCCGGUGGCGGGAGGAACGCUGUGACGUCUCGCUUUCUGCGGCACUUCAACAUUUUUAGCAUCAAUGCCUUCAGUGACGACACCAUGGUUCGCAUCUUCUCCAGCGUGGUGGCCUUCUAUCUCAAAAACAAUCAGUUCCAACCUGAAUAUUUCACAAUUGGCAACCAAAUUGUGACAGCUACAAUGGAAGUGUAUAAGAAAGCUAUGGAGAACCUACUUCCAACUCCAGCCAAGUCUCACUACACCUUCAACCUGCGGGACUUCUCACGCGUUAUCCAAGGCUGCCUGCUGCUGAAGAAGGACUCUCUGGAGAACAAACGCACCAUGAUACGCUUGUUUGUCCACGAGGUCUUCAGGGUCUACUAUGACCGCCUGGUGGAUGACAAAGAUCGAGCAUGGCUCUACCAGCUGAUGAACGGCAUCCUCAAAGAUCACUUCAAAGAGUCCUUUGACCAGGUGUUUGAUCACCUGAAGCAAGGCAGUAGACUGGUUGAGGAAGACAUGCGGAAUCUUCUGUUUGGUGACUACAUGGACCCUGACCUGGAGGAUGAUGAACGCUUGUACUCUGAGGUGCCCUCAAUGGAAAGCUUUUCUGAAGUGGUGGAGUCGUGUCUUGAUGAAUACAACCAGAUGCACAAGAAUCGCAUGAACCUCGUCAUCUUCCGCUAUGUCCUGGAGCACCUGUCCCGUAUCAGCCGUGUGUUGAAGCAGCCAGGAGGCAAUGCCCUACUGGUGGGAGUUGGAGGCAGCGGGCGCCAGUCCAUCACCCGUCUAGCCACAUCCAUGGCCCACAUGACCAUGUUCCAGCCUGAGAUCUCUAAGAGCUACGGUAUCACUGAGUGGAGAGACGACCUCAAGAUGCUGCUGAAAAAUGCAGGGGUGAAAGGUCAGAAGACAGUGUUCCUGCUUACUGAUGCUCAGAUCAAAGAUGAGGCUUUUCUAGAAGACGUGGACAGUGUCCUGAACACAGGGGAGGUGCCCAAUCUGUUUGCCAUAGAUGAAAAGCAAGAGAUCAUGGAGACAGUACGACCUGUUGCCCAGGCUGGAAACAAGAAUUUGGAGUUGAGUCCUUUGACUCUGUUCGCCUUCUUUGUGGCACGCUGUAGAGAGAACCUUCACAUAGUUGUGGCUUUUAGUCCUAUUGGAGAUGCAUUUCGAAACCGCCUGCGCCAGUUCCCAUCUCUUAUCAACUGCUGUACUAUUGACUGGUUCCAGCCAUGGCCAGAGGAGGCUCUUGAGCGAGUAGCCAACUCCUUCCUGGAGUCAUUGGACAUGAGUGAAAAUGAGAGGCGGCAGGUCAUACCCAUCUGCAAAACAUUCCAUACAUCUGCCAAACAGCUCUCAGAUAGAUUCCUCUCUGAGCUAGGUCGCCAUAAUUAUGUAACACCCACAUCCUACCUGGAGCUGAUUGCAGCUUUCCGUCUGCUCCUCUCUGAGAAAAGAGACACUGUCAUGAAAGCAAAACAGAGGUAUACCAACGGGCUGGACAAACUUGCCUUCGCUGAAUCUCAGGUUAGCGAGAUGAAGAAGGAACUUGUAGACCUGCAGCCCAAACUGGAACAGGCCACGAUAGAUAACAACAAAAUGAUGAAGGUGAUUGAAGUGGAGUCGGUUCAGGUAGAAGCCAAAAGUAAAGUUGUGCGUGUCGAUGAGGAGGCAGCAACUAUAAAAGCAAAUGCGGCUCAGGCUCUGAAGAAUGAGUGUGAGAGUGACCUGGCUGAGGCCAUCCCCGCGCUGGAGGCUGCUCUCUCUGCCCUGAACACUCUGAAGCCCUCUGAUGUCACAAUCGUGAAGUCGAUGAAAAAUCCUCCCUCAGGGGUGAAGUUGGUGAUGUCUGCGGUGUGUGUGAUGAAGGACAUAAAGCCGGAUAAGAUAGUUGACCCAGCUGGGACUGGCAAAAAGGUUUUGGACUACUGGGGCCCAAGCAAGAAGCUUCUGGGUGAUAUGAACUUUUUACGAGAUCUAAGAGAGUAUGACAAGGACAAUAUUCCUGUCCAUGUGAUGCAAAAGAUCCGCAGUGAGUUCAUGACAAACCCCGACUUUGACCCCAGUAUAGUAGCAAAGGCCUCCUCUGCAGCAGAGGGGCUGUGCAAGUGGAUCCAAGCAAUGGAGGUGUACGACAGAGUGGCAAAGGUGGUGGCUCCUAAGAAGGCCAACCUGGCGGAGGCGCAGGAGUCCCUGGCUGCGACCAUGGCCCUGCUGGACCAAAAGAGAGGUGAGCUGAAGGAGGUGGAGGACCGGCUGGCUGCCCUUCAGAAAACCUUUGAGGAGAAAACAGCGGAGAAGGCCCAACUGGAGUCCCAGGUGGAAUCAUGUGCCAGGAAGUUGGAGAGGGCUGAGAAACUCAUUGGGGGUCUGGGCGGGGAGAAGACCAGAUGGUCCAAGGCAGCAGACGACCUGCAGAACACAUAUGACAACCUGACUGGAGAUGUUCUCAUCUCCGCGGGGGUCAUCGCCUAUCUGGGUGCCUUCACUGCUGGCUUCAGACAGGACUGCACUAUGGCAUGGACCAAACUCUGCCAAUCUAAGAAGGUUCCAUCAGCAGAUGACUUCUCUCUCAGUAAGACGUUGGGAGAUCCCAUUAAGAUCAGAGCGUGGAACAUCGCAGGUCUUCCCAGUGACUCUUUCUCCAUUGACAACGGGGUUAUUGUCAGUAAUUCACGUAGAUGGCCCUUGAUGAUUGACCCUCAGGGUCAGGCCAACAAGUGGGUGAAAAAUUCAGAGAAAGAAAACAAGCUGAGUGUAAUCAAGCUUACAGACGGGGACUACAUGAGAACUUUGGAAAACUGUAUUCAAUUUGGAACACCAUUGCUCCUCGAAAAUGUAGGAGAGGAGCUGGACCCAUCAUUGGAACCACUGCUGCUCAAACAAACCUUCAAACAAGGUGGUGUGGAUUGCAUCAAGCUGGGGGAGAGUGUGAUUGAGUACUCCCGUGAUUUCCGUUUUUACAUCACCACUAAGCUGAAGAACCCUCACUACCUACCAGAACUGGCCACCAAGGUGUCCCUUCUCAACUUCAUGAUCACACCAGAGGGCUUAGAGGACCAGCUGCUGGGGAUUGUGGUUGCCAAGGAGAGGCCAGAACUGGAAGAGGAGAGAUGUGCACUUAUCCUGCAGUCAGCUGAAAAUAAAAGGCAGCUAAAGGAAAUUGAGGACAAUAUCCUGGAGACACUGCAGUCCUCUAAAGGGAAUAUCCUGGAAGAUGAAAGUGCCAUUCAGAUUCUGGACUCAGCAAAGAUCAUGUCCAAUGAGAUUAGCAAGAAACAGCAGAUUGCAGAAAAGACAGAGAUCAAGAUAGCAGAGUCGAGAGAGGGUUACAGAGCCAUCGCCAAGCACUCCUCCAUCCUGUUCUUCAGCAUCGCCGAUCUGACCAACAUAGACCCAAUGUACCAGUACUCUCUCAGCUGGUUUGUCAACCUCUACAUUAACUCCAUACAUGACAGUAACAAGUCCAAGAUCCUGGAGAGGAGGCUUCGGUACCUGAUCGAUCACUUCACCUACAACCUGUACUGUAACGUCUGUCGCUCUCUGUUUGAGAAAGACAAACUCCUCUUCUCCUUCCUGCUCUGCAACAAUCUACUCCUAGCGAAAAAGGAGAUUUUAUACUCUGACUUCAUGUUCUUUCUGACUGGAGGAGUGGGCCUGCAGAACACCAUCGCUAACCCCGACCCCAGCUGGCUGCAGGACAAGAGCUGGGAUGAGAUCUGCAGAGCCAGUGACCUGUCUGGCUUACAAGGAAUAAAAGAGGCUUUCAUCAAAAACCCAGAAGACUUUAAAUCUAUUUAUGACAGCAAAGAGCCCAGCAACACUCCUCUGCCCGCUCAGUGGUGUGAGAAACUAAAUGACCUGCAUAUGAUGAUCAUUGUUCGCUCUCUCAGACCUGAUAAGAUCGUUCCAGCUGUCAUUAAAUAUGUGACUGGCAAACUUGGAAAGAAAUUCGUCCAGCCCCCUCCAUUUGACCUGUGUAAGAGCUACCUGGACUCCAACUCCACCGUCCCACUCGUAUUUGUGCUGUCUCCAGGAGCUGAUCCCAUGGCUAGCUUGCUGAAGUUCGCCACUGACAAGAACAUGGAUGGAGCCAAGUUCCAGUCCAUCUCUCUGGGGCAGGGGCAGGGACCCAUCGCUGCCAAAAUGAUAACCACAGCCAUGCAGGACGGGACGUGGGUGUGUCUGCAGAACUGUCACCUGGCCGUCUCCUGGAUGUCCAGCCUCGAGAAAAUCUGCGAGGACUUCAGUCCAGCAACAUGCCACCCAGAAUUCCGCCUUUGGCUCACAAGCUACCCUUCAGCCAAGUUUCCAGUAACCAUCCUUCAGAACGGGGUGAAAAUGACAAAUGAGCCUCCUACUGGACUCCGGCUCAACCUGCUGCAGUCUUACGUGUCAGAUCCUCUGUCUGACUCAAACUUCUUCAAUAACUGCCCCAACAAGGAGAUGAUCUGGGAGAAGCUGUUGUAUGGACUGUGCUUCUUCCAUGCUCUUGUUCAGGAGAGGAAGAAGUUUGGUCCACUGGGCUGGAACAUUCCCUAUGGCUUCAACGAGUCUGACCUGCGUAUGAGCAUCAGACAGCUACAGCUGUUUGUGAAUGAAUACGACGAGGUGCCCUUUGAGGCCAUAACCUACCUGACCGGGGAGUGUAACUAUGGCGGCCGCGUGACAGACGACUGGGACAGGAGGCUCCUGAUGACCAUCUUGGCUGACUUCUACAACAAUGACAUCAUUGAGAAACCUCGCUACCCCUUCUCACCUAGUGGCGAAUACUUUGCCCCACCUAAGUCUGUCUAUGAUGACUACCUUGAGUUUAUAAAGGAGCUUCCUCUCAGCCAGCAUCCAGAGGUGUUUGGGAUGCAUGAAAAUGUAGACAUUUCUAAAGAUCUCCAGCAGACAAAGCUGCUGUUUGAUUCGCUGAUACUCACCCAGGGUGGAGGAGCUAAGGGAGGGGCUAGCAGUGGGAGUGACAACACGCUGUACGACAUAGCGAAUGACAUCCUUACUAAGCUUCCAGCUAACUUUGACACAGAAGCAGCUCUCUUGAAGUUCCCAGUGCAAUACGAGGAGAGUAUGAACACUGUGCUCGUCCAAGAGAUGGAGCGUUAUAACACGCUUUGUGGGACGAUCCGUCUCAGUCUGCAGAAUCUGUUGAAGGCCAUCAAGGGUUUGGUAGUGAUGGAUGCGGAGCUGGAGGCGGUUGCUGGCAGUUUGGCAGUUGGAAAGUUCCCAGAGAAAUGGGCAAAGUACUCAUACCCCAGCCUCAUGCCAUUGGGCAGCUACAUUACUGAUUUUCUCUUAAGACUCAAGUUUUUGCAGGGUUGGUACGACAGCUACAAACCCAACGUGUUCUGGCUCUCUGGCUUCUUCUUCACCCAGGCCUUCCUAACUGGGGCUAUGCAGAACUACGCCAGGAAAUACCACAUCCCCAUUGACCUGCUAGGCUUUGAUUUUCAGGUUCUCACUAUUGAUGAGUCAGACACAUCGCCUGAGGAUGGCGUUUACGUUAAUGGAAUGUUUCUGGAUGGAGCUCGAUGGGAUAAAGAAAGUGGAGUUCUAGCUGAGCAGCAGCCCAAAGUCCUGUUUGACGUGGUGCCAAUCAUCUGGGUCAAACCCACUAAAAAUAAGAGCUUUGAUCAGACUCAGUUGUAUGUCUGCCCUCUCUACAAGACCAGUGAGAGGAAGGGCACCCUCUCCACCACAGGCCACUCCACCAACUUUGUCAUUUCCAUGGUGUUGCCAACAAAGAAUCGCCCUCAACACUGGAUCAAGCGUGGUGUGGCUAUGCUCUGCCAACUUGAUGACUGAAUCAGACAACAAACUAUUUAAGACUCUUCACAGUGACACUUUUAACAUUUUGAUGCCUUUUUUUGAUUCUCUGUCCCUUUACAAUGCAACAUUAAACAUACCAUCUGUUUGUGACCUAGAGAGUAUUUGUUUGAAAGUUAUGGAUAAAGCAUUUUUGUGGAAGCUAUGGGAGGUAUGAGGGACUUGUGCUUGAUACACUUUAUAGUUCAAACACUAUUAGUUGUUGCUACAAAAUAAAGAUUGUGACAGUUCUCUGACACGAUUUCACAAAAAAAAGAGAAAGAAACUGAAAACACUUAAAUUCACCUGGAUGUGCAUUAGACGCAUUGUGACAUUUCAAUAAACAAGGUAUACAAGAGUGCACUGCAUUGGUUUUAUUAUAUUAAACAAACAUUAGAAACAUGCAGCCAUUAAAUUCACAUCUUCAACAUUUUUACAAGUUUGUUCCACA